AUGGAUACUGUCAAGCAGGCCGCCAACUACGUCUCCGAGACUGUCCAGGGUGCCGUCUCCGGUGCCAGCCACGAGGCCAACAAGGAGGUUGCCAAGGACAGCAACGUCUCUGCCGGCACUCGUUUGUCUGCUGCCAAGGAUGCCGUUGGCGACAAGCUAGAGCAGAAGGGACAUGACUCCAAGGCUGAAGUCCACAAGGAGGCUGCCAAGCACUAA